CACGCACACGGACCAAUCGUUGACGCCUGUGCCGAGCUCAGUAACAACACACCCCCAUAAAGGUUAUAACUAGUUAGUAGUUAUUAUUAAACCUGUCAGAGAGGAGUGACCCUGAAAGGAUGUCCCGGGAACAGCUCGUCGUGCAGCGGGCUAGGAAGUCCUUCCAGACGGGAAACACCAAGCCUCUGGAGUACCGGGUCCACCAGCUGAAGAGUCUGCUCCGCUUCAUCUCAGAGAGGCGGAAGGACAUUGCUGAUGCUGUUAAGAGGGACCUGGGCAAGAGCGAACACGGGACGGAGCUGUUUGAGACUCUGGGCCUGGAGGGAGAAAUCAAACUGGCCAUCGACAAGCUGGCGGAGUGGGCGGCUCCUCGGCCGGUGGAGAAGAACCUCCUCACCAUCUCAGACGAGGUCUACGUCCAGCCUGAGCCCCUGGGGGUGGUGCUGAUCAUCGGGGCCUGGAACUACCCCUGGGCGGUCACGCUCCAGCCGCUGGUGGGAGCCAUCGCUGCAGGAAACGCAGCAGUAAUAAAACCAUCUGAAGUCAGCUCUCACUCUGCGAAGGUCAUGGAGGAGCUGCUCCCUCAGUAUCUGGACAGAGAUCUGUACCCAGUGGUGACGGGCGGCGUGUCAGAGACGCAGGAGCUGCUGAGGCAGAGGUUCGACCACAUCUUCUACACAGGAAGCAGCUCGGUGGGCAAACUAGUGAUGGAGGCCGCAGCUCGCCACCUCACCCCCGUCACCCUGGAGCUGGGCGGGAAGAGUCCCUGCUACAUCGACAGCAACUGUGACAUCACUGUCGCAUGUCGUCGCAUCACGUGGGGAAAGUUUGUGAACUGUGGUCAGACGUGCAUCGCUCCAGACUACAUCCUGUGUGAAGCGUCCAUCCAGAGCAGAGUGGUGGACGAGAUCAGGAAGAACAUCAAGGAGUUUUACACAGAUAAUCCAAAGACGUUUGAGGACUACGGACGCAUUGUCAACCAGAGACACUUCCAGAGGGUCAUGGCUCUGAUGGAGGGCAGCACGGUCGCUGUGGGCGGAGACAGUGAUGAAUCCCAGUGUUACAUCGCUCCGACCGUCCUGAAGGACGUGACGAGGGAAUCUAAAGUGAUGAGGGAGGAGAUCUUCGGGCCGCUGCUGCCCAUCAUCACGGUGAGCGGCGUGGACGAGGCCAUCCAGUUCAUCAACGAGAGAGAGAAGCCGCUGGUCGUCUACGUCUUCUCCAAUAACAACAAGCUGAUCAAACGGGUGAUCGCUGAGACGUCCAGCGGCGCUCUGCUGGCCAACGACUGUCUGGUCCACUUCACCGUCAGCGCUCUGCCCUUCGGAGGAGUCGGUAACAGCGGGAUGGGCUGCUACCACGGCCGCCACAGCUUCGACCAGCUCAGCCACCUGCGCAGCUGUCUGAUCAAGCAGCUGAAGAUGGAGGGUGUGAACAGCAUGCGGUACCCCCCCCACACCGCCAAGAAACUGGGCUGGGCUCGAUUCUUUCUGCUCAAGCAGUUCAACGUGUACAGGCUGCGGCGCAUGGCGCUGCUCGCCAUGUUGGCCGGGCUGGCGGCGUUUGUGGUUCAGAGGUUCCGGCUGUGAGGCUGAGGACCAGACUCUGCUGGUCUGUGCUGGACCGUGUCCUGGUGCAGGUGGUGCGGGGCCCGGGGCUGUGAUUAACUGGUCCAUAUCAUUUCAUCCAUGUUGAAACACCUGACUGAUUGAUACGGUGGCCCUGAAGGUUCAAACCCCUGCAGCUUCAGAAACACAUGAAAAACAUCUUCCUCAGUUUGACAGACCACGUGCUGCUACACAACAGGAAGUGUUUCUAGGGGACGUUAGUCAUGAAGACGGCUCAUUGGCUACUUGAGCUAAAGCUAAAGUUUGUUCUGUUCAUUAUAACGUCGAUCACAUGAUUCAGAUAUUAUUGCAAAAAUGUUAGCCGUUAGCUUAGCCUUCAGGUCCAUCAUGUUUUUGUGUCCCCUCUUCCGUCGUGUCUGUAUUUGCAGCUCGUGUCAAAGUGAUGAAGAUGUUUUCUGAGCUUGUUUGUCUUUUGAGCUUCAGGGCCACCGUACAUUCACAUCUCUUCUGUUACAACUUCAAGCUGCUAUUAAAGUUUUUAAUGUCAAUUUUAUAGAAUUAAAAUCUGUAAUUAUUAUUAUUAUUAUUAUUUAACCUGGUAAAAGGAGAUUUUACUUUAACAAAAUAAUGAAAUUAAUUUCAUGAAUAUCAUCUGCUUUGAAUGUUGCCAUGGUAACUUCUGUUACUCCUUUUUAUUCCAUUUUGAAUCCUGAUAAUAUUUUAUUGUUUCUGCCAUUAAACAUUAAACAAAACAACACGUUGA